AUGUUCGGAAUCAAAACCAUUCAAAUUCCUUCUGUAUUCGAAAUUUCAAACAUUGACAGCACUACACCUCUGAAAUAUACCAUUCAUUUGGUGGAAAGUAAGAGUGUCCAUUUGAAUCGAGAAGCUCCCAAUAGUUUCAGUAUUAAAUCCGAAGAUGAGAGCAUUCUCUCGAUUGCAUCAGCCACCAAUGACAAGCUCGGAGCAUCAUCAAAAAUUGAGAUUGAAAUGAAACCUCACAAGGAAGGAACCACAACAGUCACCAUCGAUUGUAAAUUAUAUGUUUGUAGUGAUAGUGGAAUGUGUUCCAUGAAGAAUGAGAGUUUUGUGAUUACUGUCAAAGUGCACACUGCUAAUAGUACUUCUCCAUCAAACAACGCAACAUACAAUCACUCACUGACUAUGGCUUAA